AUGAUCACUGCCACCAUCAUGGCACCCUCAGCUAUAUACACCAGCCAGCCGGAUGUGGUUGCUGACCGAGUGCUUCGGAGGGCGGAGCUGGGCAAGAUGGCCUGCCGUCUCCAAAAUCGACUCGCAUUAGCCCAGUUCAAGACCCGCAACGGCUGGGAAGACCUGACGCUCGACAUGAUUGAACCAAAGGUCGAAGAGGAGAUCCGACGGAAGAGAGGCUGUGAUGGUGACGUUCUCUCCGAUUCCUCGUCCAGUACCUCCGAACUCCCAUAUCCCUCUCACCGCGGCCUCAUGAGCUCUCCCCUCAAGCCUCCUUUCUUCUCGGACGCCAUUGGCUCGAGCAACGGAAGCACCGGCCACCGCAAGCGUACAUAUGUUGCCUCCUUCGACGACCUCCACCAAAACCGUCACGACGCUUUUGUCCUGUCGAGCCCCAGCAAGCGUUACCGCUCCUCGCCCCCCUUGACUGCCGGCAGCAACGGGGACACGCACUAUACACAACGCUCAGCCUCUGCUUUCCUGCCGCAGCAGCCGCCCUUCUCCAGCCAUUCUUCCUGGAAGGAUCAUCACCAGUUGGCCAACAGCUCCCCAAUCAAGCCGAGACGACAGCAGCACUUCACCACGGCAGCUGGCCCGGAUGUGUCCCUGUUUCCGGGGGCACGCCGUAUUGCUGACGCUCUUGCCCCUACAAACUACAACGCUGCACAGUCAGACACGGACGACGAGCUGCUGCCAACUCACUCUUACCGGGCUAGCAGCGCAUCGUUCGGGUUGUCUACGACCACAGCAGGAGGUCACGCCAUCCGCUCUGGCUCGCCACCGAGCACGCCACCAAUGCGAAACCGCACUCUGCCGAGCAACAACCGCCGCAGGAAGAGGGUUGGGGAUGCUUACGAUGUGAAUGACGGGUUUCAGGGGCCCAACGGUGGCGGACAUGACGGUGAUCACGGAGCGAAGUCGGGCGUGGAGGGCGCAGACUUGUUGCUGUAUCUCGCCGCCUCUCCGUCCCCUGCCAACCCUAGUGGCAGAAACCGGAUGGACCCGCCAUCGACUCCGCCGUCCAAGUUUAACAACAUGGCACUGCCAUCAUCGAUGAUGACGACUCCUGGCGGCGGCAGCAUGUUCCCUAACACCCCGGGGCAGCACUUCGACUUCUCUGACUUUGUCAACAUCACCCCCAGCCCGGCCCAGAAGCCGUGGAAGACGCCCAAUCUCAUAGGAUCCAGGACCCCUAUGAGCGUGAACAGGCGACGUUUGACUUUUGAUGACCCACUUUGA